AUGGUGGCGCUAUAUGAUGUAGGUACACGGUGUUGGUAUCCAGACGAUAAGCUAGGAUGGGUUGGAGUUUCGGUUAAAUCUAAUCAAGUCAAGGACAACAAGGACAAGGACAAGAAGAAGAAAUAUUUGAUAACGUUUGUUUCUGAGUUUGAUGAGAAUCAGUUAUUUACAAUCGAAACCGAUGAUUUGUCAGAAGAUAACGAAUUGUUGCCCCCCUUGAGAAACCCUCCAAUAUUGGAAGCUGCCGAAGAUUUAACUAGCUUGUCUUAUUUAAACGAACCGGCUGUCUUACAAGCAAUCAAGUUGCGUUAUUCCCAGUUGCAGAUUUACACUUAUUCGGGUAUUGUUUUGAUCGCAACAAAUCCGUUCCAAAGAGUAGACCACUUGUAUUCGCAAGAUAUCGUUCAAGCAUACGCAGGGUCUCGAAGGGGCGAAUUGGAUCCUCAUCUUUUUGCUAUUGCCGAGGAUGCUUAUAGGUGCAUGAAACAGGAUGGCGCAAAUCAAACGAUUAUCGUUAGUGGUGAAUCGGGUGCUGGGAAAACCGUUUCUGCCAAAUAUAUAAUGAGGUAUUUUGCUUCCGUUGAAGAAGAUGCUCAGCAGGCGUUGGGGAGCGAGCAUAGAGCAGAUAUGUCCGAUGUCGAAAAACAGAUCUUGGCGACAAAUCCAAUUAUGGAGGCUUUUGGUAACGCUAAAACGACAAGAAAUGACAACUCCUCGCGGUUCGGAAAGUACUUGGAAAUAUUAUUUGAUAAGCAGGUAUCCAUCAUUGGUGCUAGAAUAAGAACUUAUCUAUUGGAACGAUCUAGAUUAGUAUUUCAACCGGCAACAGAAAGAAAUUAUCACAUAUUCUACCAAAUGUUGGCAGGAAUGGACCCAAGUGAAAAACAGGAACUAGGAUUGAAAUCGGCCGACGACUACAAGUUUACUAACCAAGGAGGUUUAACCCAAAUCCAGGGCGUUGAUGAUGCUCAGGAAUUUCAAACAACUAAAGAUGCAUUGUCAUUGAUUGGCUUGGAUGAAUCAAGGCAGCGUGAAAUUUACAAGAUUCUCGCGGCUCUUUUACACAUUGGUAACAUUGAUAUCGCUUCAACUAAAACCGAUGCCCGUUUAUCUAGCGACGAACCAAAUUUGGUGAAAGCUUGUGAGCUAUUGAGCAUUGACGCCAACGAGUUUGCCAAAUGGUGUGUAAAGAAAAAGAUUAGCACUCGCUCAGAGAAUAUUAUUAGUAAUCUCAAUCACAGCCAGGCGCUUGUUGCUCGAGAUUCAUUCGCCAAGUACAUUUACUCAGCUUUAUUUGACUGGUUGGUGGACUAUGCAAACUCGGAUUUGUGUCCUAGUGAAGUGGCUGCUCAAGUAAACUCCUUUAUUGGUGUUUUGGAUAUAUACGGAUUUGAACAUUUUGAAAAAAAUUCUUUUGAACAAUUUUGCAUCAACUAUGCAAAUGAAAAAUUGCAGCAAGAAUUCAAUCAGCAUGUUUUUAAAUUGGAACAAGAAGAAUAUAUGAGAGAAGAGAUCAAAUGGUCUUUUAUCAAUUUCGUGGAUAAUCAGCCAUGUAUUGAUUUGAUUGAAAAUCGUAUGGGUAUAUUAGCAUUGUUGGAUGAGGAAUCUAGGUUACCAGCAGGAAAAGAUGAAUCAUUUAUUGAGAAAAUGUAUCAAAAUUUAAACAAACCUCCUACCAAUAAAGUUUUCAAAAAGCCAAGGUUUGGCCAAACCAAGUUUGUUGUUAGCCAUUACGCUUUGGAUGUUACAUACGAUAUGGAUGGAUUCAUUGAAAAGAAUAGAGAUACUGUUGGUGACGGACAUUUAGAAGUAUUGAAAAAAUCUAAAAACGAGUUGCUACAGGAUAUACUCGGUAUAAUUGAUAAAAAUUCAAUCACAGUUGAAGCAAGCAAACCACCAGCAAACGGUAAAAUGAGUACAAACAAAAAACCUACUUUGGGUUCCAUGUUUAAAAACUCUUUGAUCGAGUUGAUGAAGACAAUUGAUUCCACAAAUGCACAUUACAUUAGAUGUAUUAAGCCCAAUGAAGAAAAGCAAGCUUGGAAAUUUGACGCAUUAAUGGUGUUGUCACAAUUGAGAGCUUGUGGUGUUUUAGAGACAAUUAGAAUAUCAUGCGCGGGUUAUCCUUCCAGGUGGACUUAUGUUGAGUUUGCAGAUAGAUACCAUACUUUGGUUCCUUCUGCAGAUUGGAUUAAGGUAAUGAGUGGAGAAGUUACUCAACAAUCAGUGUUGGCAUUAUGUAACCAAAUUUUAACUUCCAUUAUAGACGACAAGGAAAAAUAUCAAAUGGGAAAUUCAAAGAUCUUUUUCAAAGCCGGAAUGUUGGCACACUUUGAAAAGUUGAGGGCGGACAAAUUAUACAGAUCAGUGGUUAUGAUUCAAAAGAAUAUGAGAAAACGUUUUUAUAGACAAAAGUAUCUUGAAAUUAGGAAAUCUCAUAUUUUGUUACAAAGUUUAAUACGUGGAAGUGAAAAGAGAAGACAGGUGAGGGAAGAGCGAGAAAGAACAGCUGCCAUUUUUUUGCAAACUUCAAUCAGAGGCUACUUGGCCAGAGAAAAGUAUACCAGAACCCUCAACUCUGUUAUUACCUUGCAAAAAUCCAUCAGAGGCUUACAAGCAAGGAAAAAUUUCCAAAAUCUUCGUUUACAAAACGCCAGUAUUACUAUUCAAAAAUCAUGGAGAGGAUACCAGGAAAGGCAAAACUUCCAAAGGAUCAAGAGGUCUAUUGUUGUUAUCCAAUCAGCUUUCAGAAGACAAUACGCUUACCGUGAAUUGAAAGCAUUGAAAGUGGAGGCCAAAUCAGUCAACAAGUUGAAGGAGGUCUCUUAUAAAUUGGAGAAUAAAGUGAUAGACUUGACACAAUCACUAACGUCGAAGAUUCAAGACAAUAAAAAGUUGAUGGAAGAGAUACAAAGUUUGAGAGACUUGUUAUCGCAACAAGGACAGGCCCAAGAAACAUUAAAGUCGCGAGAAUUGGAAUUCAAUAACAAAUACGAAACUACUAUGCUUGACCACAAACAAGAAGUUGAAGACUUGAACAAUGAACUAGCGUUGAUCAAGCUGGAUUAUGCAUCUGCGCAAGCAAAGAUUGAGCAACUAUCCAAAGAGCAAAUAGAAUUGAAACAGGAAGUACAAAGAACCAUUGAAGAAUUGAAUCAAGCUAAAGAUGACCUUGUCAAGCGCGAUACAAUCGAAGUUGAUCUAAAAACGCAUAUUGAGCAGUUGAAAAGCCAAUUGGCAGAACUCAACAAUCCCAAAAUUAGAAACGCUAGCAAACGCCAUAGCAGCGCAAUGGCGUGGAAUUCUCCGAAUUCUAUUGAAAACCACAGACCUGUUUCCUUUAUCGCGGUAUCUAAUGAUAACAAUGCUAAUAUUGAUGAUAUCAAUGAUGAGCUAUUCAAAUUAUUGAGAGACUCUCGCCAGUUGCAUCGCGAAAUUGUCGAGGGUUUACUCAAGGGUCUCAAGAUUCCACAAGCUGGUGUUGCUGCCGAUUUAACCAGAAAAGAAGUUUUGUUCCCUUCAAGAAUUAUUAUAAUUAUUUUGUCAGACAUGUGGAGAUUAGGAUUGACAAAGGAAAGUGAAGACUUUUUAGGUGAAGUGUUGUCAUCUAUUCAAAACCUCGUAACCGUAUUGAAAGAUGACGACAUUAUACCCCACGGUGCAUUUUGGUUGUCCAAUACACACGAGUUGUACUCAUUUGUUUCAUAUGCUGAGCGCACAAUUAUUGCCAACGACACGUUAUCUAACGAAAUGAGCGAAGACGAGUUUAAUGAAUACUUGAAGCUAGUUGCUGUUGUUAAAGAGGACUUUGAGUCACUUUCGUACAAUAUCUAUAACAUGUGGAUGAAAAAAAUGGAAAAGGAUUUGGAGAAAAAGGCUGUUUCAGCCGUGGUUAUGUCCCAAUCCUUGCCAGGAUUUAUGGCACCCGAAUCGUCACCAUUCUUGAGUAAAGUGUUUUCUGCUAAUCCCAAUUACAAGAUGGACGAUAUUUUGUCCACUUUCAACAUGUUGUACUGGUCAAUGAAGAGCUAUUAUUUGGAGAAGGAGGUGAUUGUGAGCGUGAUUACGGAAAUGUUGAGAUUUAUUGAUGCUUUGUGUUUUAAUGAUUUGAUAAUGAGACGCAACUUUUUGUCGUGGAAACGGGGCUUGCAAUUGAACUAUAAUGUUACCAGAUUAGAGGAAUGGUGUAAAUCCCAUGAUAUAGAGGAAGGGUCUAUUUGUUUGAUACACUUGUUGCAGGCGGCGAAAUUGCUACAGUUGAGAAAAAACACACCAGAGGAUAUCGAUAUCAUAUAUGAGAUAUGUUAUGCAUUAAACCCAGCUCAGAUACACAAGAUUAUUGGAGCUUAUAGUUCUGCUGAAUAUGAGACUCCUGUGGCACCUUCAGUAAUGGAGAUUGUGGCUGACAGGACAAAGGGAAGUUCAAACGAUGAUUUGUUCCUCACCAUGUCUACCGAUGGACACUUUGAGGACCCAUUUAGGAUGAUUGAGUUGAGGCCGUUCUCAAGAGUAGAGGCUUACGUUCCUGCUUGGCUAAACUUGCCCGUUAUUCGCAGAAUUGUAGAAUUAGUAGCAAAGAAUGCAUCUGUACAAGAACCACAUCAUGAAACUAAUGGUAUAUAA